GCUCGGUCUCCUGCUUUUGCUCUGAAUGAUCCCCCGCUGCGCCUUCACACCCACCCAGCGCGCCCAGGAGGAGCGAUGUCUCCAAAGUCUUCCUGCUCCGUUUAGUUGCCGAUUUUUUUCUGGCUCUCGCACGUCGACAGGCAGGACUUUAAAUGCCGGAGGGGCGUUGGGUUUGGACCCCCGUUGGCCCUCAAACCCGUCCACUUUGGGACAUUCGGAUUAUGGUCUGUGUUGCGUUCGUGUUGCUUUCGCCGCGCAGAUGUGAUGCCUUCGCUUUCACGUGUCAAGCGUAGCGCACACCGGAGAAAAGACUGAAGAACGAGCCUGCUGUCCGGUUGCCACCAUGAUAGCCACAGGUGGCCUGCUGCGCAUGAACAGGCGCCAGGAUUCUCUCCGAUCCAAAAAUCGAGCCGAAAACAAACGGAAGAGGAAAUCCAAGAAGAAAAAGAAGAACGAUGUGGUGGUGGUGAAGGGCAAGCUGAACCUCUGCUCCCCGGCUGGUUUGGUGGCCGCUGUUGGCGUUGUGGUUCUCAUGAUUGGGGUUUCAAUGGCUGUCCUGGGUUACUGGCCCAGUCAGAACCAGCAGGAGUACCAGGAGCGCCGGAGAAUGGGGUUCCACGGCAGCAGGAUGAGCUACUCCAGAAGUGCGCCUGUUUCCUCCAACGUGACCCUUGACAAGCUUCUUUCCAGUAAAACAGAUGGAUUCAACCGCAGCCAUUCUAACAGCAGCAGCAGCAGCUCAGACCCCUCCCCUAACUGUGGCUUCUUCUGUGACUUCCUGGACAAGUACCUGUACUCAGACAAUAUGAAGGUCUUUGGCCCACUGGUGAUGGGCAUCGGCAUUUUUCUCUUUAUCUGUGCCAACGCGGUCCUUCACGAGAAUCGGGAUAAGAAAACCAAAAUCAUUAACCUGAGGGACAUCUACUCCACAGUGAUAGAUCUGCACAGCAUACGGUCCAAGGAGUACUCGCCUCUCAAUGGUCUGGUGAACUACACACAGUCCAGAAGUGCUGAGGGGCCGCCGGCGCCAAUCCCAGCGAGUGGGAUGCUCACUCGCAGCUCCUGGCCGUCCACCGGACUCAACCCGAGGGGCGAGUUGAACUCGGAUGCGCUCUUCAGACGCUCCUCGUUGGCCAGCAGGCCACGCAGCUGGUCCAGAGACGUCCAGACCUUCACAGACACUGUCUACAGCAUCUACAAAGACUACAGCAAUAGUGGCGAGCAGACUCCCCAGCCUCGGCAGUGGGAGACCACCUCCCUCGUGACCUCUUCUGUGAAUGCUUUCACCCUCCCUGUGAUCAAACUCAACAACUGUGAGGUGGAGGCAGAGGGCCGCUCACAGGAGGUCGCGGUUUUGGAGGUCGCUGCUGAAAAUGUGAGGGAAGAAGAGCCGGCGAGCUCCCGACAGACUGAUGAAAUGAUCGACAAGCAGAAAGAAGCAGCCGUGAUUUGUUCCCCACCUUCAGAUCAGAGCCAUGAGGACACGACCACAGAGACCCUUCCUCAGCACGAGGCGCCGCAGGCUCUGCCUCAGUUGACCCAGCUGUUUCUGCCAGCACCUGCUGCCGCGGUGAUGGGGUCAAACAUGUCACUCCACUCACUCACAGAUCACCCGAGGCCUGCACGCCGCUGCAGCCUUAAUGCGUCCGGGGGUCGUCAAGGUGACAGAGCCAGGCGUUUCAGCUGCCCUCGUCUGGAGCGCUCCAACAGCAAGGGCUACAUCAAACUGACUGACCUAGGAGGAGAGUCCUUUGAAGCCCCCGACUCUUCUUUGGUGGCCACAGAUCAGGAAGUAGCAAAGGAUGCUGCAGCCGCUGCUCCUGCAGCAGCUGCGGCGCCGGACGUAGCUCAGGGAGAGGACGAUCCGCUGACGCCCAGUACCUCCGCAGCAUCCUAGGCUUUUCUUUUCUAGCAGACAAAACUCUGGUUCUUUGCUCCAGUCCUUCCUUUAUUGAUGAUGAACUGAUCUUUGCAAAGGAAAGGAAGAACAAAGAGGAGGCAGUGAAAGAUGACUGAAACAUAGCCAUGAGCACUCGCAAGCAGUGCUCAGUAUUAACAAACACCCACUGCUCAACAUCCCGCUGUCAUUUUUUUCUAUAUUUUCCAUGUAGCAGGAGCAAUACUAAAGACCUGAAAGGAGUUUUAGUAGAGAUUUGUAUAAAAAGAAAAACACGAUGAGUUUUCUUUUCUUUUGUACAAGUCUGGAGCAGACAUUGUAGCUUGUACAAUUACCAAAAGUGUCACUGAGAACCUCUGUUGUCCUGUAGCAUUCAGACAUGCCACAGAAAAAGAAGUAGUCUAGAGUUGGUCCUCCAAGUUGUUCUGUGAAUACCAUGUGAAUAGGUGAACAGAAUCUCAGGUAGAAGUUUGGUUUAGGAACGACACCUUAAGGACAAGGCCUUCCCUAUGUGCACACGUGUUCAUAUGAAACAUGUACGGUUAAAUAAAUCUGACUGUAACGCCUUUGUCGGGUCACAUGCCUGUCCUUCUGGGAUGUCCUUUCAUGCAAUGAAUCUUAAAACAGCC